AUGGCAAAGGGACAACCUCAGCAGAGACAGCAGGCAUGGACACCUCUGCCGAAAAGAACACAGUUAAACACAAAAAUGAAACUCACGAAGCCUGGAAAGAUCAUCCUGGGUAUCAUAAUGAUGGUCUUUGCUGCAGCAGCCAUUGGACUCAUUGUUUACUUUGCUGUUUACGGGAAGUAUUUUUUCUAUUAUCACAUCAGCUUUAAAGUCGAUAACAUUGACUACGACAGCAAGUUUGAAAAGCCAUAUUCACAAGAAUAUAUGGACCUAAAUAAAAGGAGUGUCGCUGGUAAGUUAAAUGUUUUUCUGCACAUUGUCCUUUUCUGUGCUAUACUCUUAGAAAUGCCAGGAUCUCUCAGAACACAACUCUCAGAACUGCUCUCUAGGUUCUUGCCUGACCUGUGUGAGAUAAAAGAAAUAUUUCAUGAGUCCAAACUCAGAAGACAAUAUGUCAUAUCUCACAUUGUCCAAGUAAGCCAAGUCAAAGGGAAAGCGAUAGUGCACAUUGUGCUGAAAUUUAAAUUGUGCUAUAAGAAUAAUGCAGCAAAAUUUUGGGAUAGGAUUGAAACCAUUUUACUUCAGAAGCUAAAGGAUAAAACUGGGUGUUUAAGUAUAGCUACUUCCUCAUUUAAAUUUUCAGACAUUGAAAUGCCUGCAGCAGAAAAUCUUCUCAAUACCUGUUGUGGACAUUGUACAAUAACUCCCUCUGGCAACAAAACAGCAGGGGGUACGGAUGCCGAGGAAGGGGAAUGGCCCUGGCAAGCUAGCCUUCAACAGGACAAGGUCCACCGAUGUGGAGCCACUCUGAUUAGUAACAGCUGGCUAGUCACUGCUGCUCACUGUUUCAUAAAGGCCAAUAAUCCAAAAGAAUGGCAUGUUAGUUUUGGGCUUCUUUUAAGUGAUCCAAAAAUACAGCGAAGUGUCAAGGAUAUUAAAAUUCAUGAAAACUACCACUACCCCGCACACGAUAAUGACAUUGCUGUUGUGCAUAUGUCUUCACCAGUAUUAUAUACAAGCAACAGAUUAAGAGCAUGUCUUCCAGAAGCUACUUACAAAUUCCCACCCAAUUCAGAUGUAGUGGUCACUGGAUGGGGAACAUUAAAGACUGAUGGAACAAGUCCUAAUACACUCCAAAAAGGAUUAGUGAAGAUUAUAGAUAAUAAGACCUGCAACAAUAAAGAGGUAUAUAGUGGUGUCAUCACACCUGGAAUGCUGUGUGCCGGGUUCCUAAAUGGACAAGUGGAUGCCUGCCAGGGUGAUUCUGGUGGACCUCUACUUAGUGCAGAUUCUAAAGGUACCUGGUUCCUUGCUGGUAUUGUAAGCUGGGGAGAUGAAUGUGCUCUUCAAAACAAGCCUGGAGUCUACACUCAAGUGACAUUCUACCGAGACUGGAUUAUGUCUAAAACUGGUCUCCAGUGCAGAAGAUCCUUGUAGAUUAAAGCUCACAGUUUAUACGUUUAUCAAAUAUGUUUGUAAUUCCCAAACCACAUUUAAUUUAUAUAUUACCUCUUUUCUGAUAUUUAAUGUUGAAUAAUUAGACAUACACAAUUUUAAAACUAUCAAACUUUUGUGUUUGUUAGACUUUGACAAGGGUUUUGCUAGACUAAUGGACCAGGACAUAGAAUUUUCUUCUUACAUUUUUCUAGACUGAAAGUAAUUAUACGAGUAAAUAUAGAUUAUAGUUUACUAAAGACAACUUCCCUGUUAAUUUGCAGAGCCAGGUCCCUGGGGUAACAUAGGUGUUAGCAAUAAACUUCCUUCGGAGAGUAUAAGUAAUUCCCUGUUGAUAAGUGCAUUAUUUCCACAAGAUCAACACAUUGAUAAGUUGAAGUCUAAACAGUUACAGUAAUACUGACUAUAAAAAUUACCCAGGAAAAUCUAUCUACCUGUUUCCUUUCUAGUCCUGGUUUCAGUAGUAACCUCUUCUCUAUUUAUGGCAUCCUCCCUUUGAGUGACACAAAACAGAACUGACAAUCCCAUGGGGUGCAUAGAAUAGAUUAUGAUGCUUGCUGACUUGUCCCUGUUUGGCUUUCAAAAAGUAAGGCCAAAAGAUGGUUCUCACAUAUACACAUACCUAAUAGUAAAAUUGGAGCCCUGGUGGCUUAGUGGUUAAGAGCUCGGCUGCUAACCAAAAGGCUGACAGUUCAAAUCUACCAGACACUCCCUGGAAACCCUAUAGGGCAUUUCUACUCUGUCCUAUAAGA